AUGAGGACUUGCUUGCACUCUCUGGAUCUGGAUCAUAAAACCAAAUUCAUUUACACAGAAAGAACAUCUCAAAUUCUGAUUUUGCUGUUCUCUGGUAUCGCCAAAGUUUACAAAGGGACUGAAAAUGUGGAUGCUCCGGCUUUGCUUUUACUGCCUGGUUUUGGUGUAGGAUCUUUUCACUAUGAGAAGCAAUUGAAGGAUCUUGGCCAAAAAUAUAGAGUAUAUGCUUUGGAUUUUCUUGGACAAGGAAUGUCGUUACCAACCGAAGAUCCAACUCCUUCGGCUAAGGGUGGAGAAGAUGUUUCAUCUAAAGGAAAGGACUCGGCGAUGUGGGGUUUUGGAGAACAAACGGAGCCACAAAUUAUUCAAUCGGGCCCACAAAUUCAUAUUUGCUUUUCAGCAACAUUGAGGACUCUAUUUGGUUCCUUAAAAGAGAUCCUGCAAAGAACAAAGAUGAAAACGACGUGCAAGUACCAACUUGAUCUUGAUAAGAAAAUGAGUGAAACUGAAUAA